UCCCUUUUCCCUCUUGCCUCCUCUGCUUUCUGCCUCUCCUUCCUGCUCUUCUGUCUCCUCCCUCUGGGCCAUCUACCCUCCUGAGCUUCUUUCCUCGAUCACCUCCUCCCACCACUCCUGCCUUCUUGGCUUUGCCCUUGCCACACCCUCUUCCCCCCAGGACCUCCCUCGGCUCCCAGGGAGCUUUGGUUUGAGGUGCAAGGCUCUGUGCUCAUGCUGCACUGGCGCCUGCCACAGGAGCUUGGGGGACGAGGAGACCUUCUCUUCAACGUUGUGUGCAAGGAGUGUGGAGGCCCUCAGGCGCCUAGCAGUGGCAGCAUAUGUCGCCGAUGCAGGGAUGAGGUGCAUUUUGACCCCCGCCAAAGGGGCCUGACUGAGAGUCGAGUGUUAGUUGGGGGGCUCCGAGCACACGUGCCCUACAUCUUGGAGGUGCAGGCUGUCAAUGGUGUGUCUGAGCUCAGCCCUGACCCUCCCCAGGCUGCAGCCAUCAAUGUCAGCAUCAGCCAUGAAGUCCCCUCUGCAGUCCCUGUGGUACACCAAGUGAGCCGGGCAGCCAACAGCAUCACCGUGUCCUGGCCACAGCCCGACCAGGCCAACGGGAACAUUCUUGACUAUCAACUCCGAUACUAUGAUCAGGCAGAAGACGAAUCCCACUCCUUCACCCUGACCAGCGAGACCAACACUGCCACUGUGACACGGCUGAGCCCUGGCCACAUCUAUGGCUUCCAGGUGCGAGCACGGACCACUGCUGGCCAUGGCCCCUAUGGCGGCAAGGUCUAUUUCCAGACGCUGCCACAAGGUGAGCUGUCCUCCCCACUCCCAGAAAAGUUGUCUUUGGUGAUUGGCUCCAUCCUGGGGGCCUUGGCCUUCCUCCUGCUGGCGGCUAUCACUGUGCUUGCCGUCAUCUUCCGACGGAAGCAGCGUGGGACAGGCUACAUGGAACAGCUACAGCAGUACAGCAGCCCAGGACUUGGGGUAAAGUAUUACAUUGACCCCGCUAUGUAUGAGGACCCCUGCCAGGCCGUCCGAGAACUCACCCGAGAAGUCGACCCUGCAUAUAUCAAGAUUGAGGAGGUCAUUGGGGAAGGCUCCUUUGGAGAAGUUCGUCGGGGCCGCCUGCAGCCCCAGGGACAGCCCGAGCAGGCUGUGGCCAUCCAGGCCCUGUGGGCUGGGGGUGCUGAGAGCCUGCAGAUGCCCUUCCUGGGCCGGGCUGCGCUGCUGGGUCAGUUCCAGCACCCCAACAUCCUGCAGCUGGAGGGCGUGGUCACCAGGAGCCGGCCCUUCAUGGUGCUGACGGAGCUCAUGGAGCUUGGGCCCCUGGACAGCUUUCUCAGGCAGCGAGAGGGCCAGUUCAGCAGCCUGCAGCUGGUGGCCAUGCAGCGGGGAGUGGCGGACGCCAUGCAGUACUUGGCCACCUGUGCCUUUGUGCACCGUGCACUCUCUGCCCGAAGUGUGCUAGUGAACAGCCAUCUGGUGUGCAAGGUGGCCCGUCUUGGCCGCAGUCCUCAGAGCUCAAGCUCUUUGCUCCGCUGGUCAGCCCCCGAGGUUGUCGCACACGGAAAGCACACGCCAGCCAGUGACGUCUGGAGCUUUGGGGUCCUCAUGUGGGAAGUGAUGAGCUAUGGAGAGCGCCCCUACUGGGACAUGAGUGAGCAGGAGGUCCUAAAUGCAAUAGAGCAGGAGUUCCGGCUGCCCCCGCCUCCAGGCUGUCCUCCCAGACUACAUAUGCUGAUGCUGGACACCUGGCAGAAAGACCGUGCCCGGCGGCCUCACUUUGACCAGCUGGUGGCUGCAUUUGACAAGAUGAUCCGCAAGCCCGACUCCCUGCAGGCUGAUGGGGGAAUGCAGGACAGAGACCUGCCUGCCCUCGGCAUCACCCUGGCUGGCCACCAGAAGAAACUGCUGUACAACAUCCAGCUCCUCCAGCAGCAUCUAAGGCAGUUGGACUCAGUGGAGGUGUGAAUGUGGCCUGGGCAAGAAACUGUGCAUCGAUAAUCUCCAGGACCCAGAUGGAUGCAGGGCCAAGGAGGGAUGUGUGAGAAGUGAGCCAGGCUCCAUGCUCACCUCCAUGCCUGCCACACUCAACCUGGCCCUCGCGAAAUCGGAACUGUGUUCCUCAGUCCUCCACCCCUCUACUGGCCACCCCCACAUUAAAGGGAAAGAAGGGAAUUUGCAAGUUCAAGUGUGUCCAGGCCUCAGUCUGCAAGGAGGGGAUAGGGAGGCCCUGGAGGAGGGUCAGAGUUCUAGGCAGGGUGGCCAGAAGACGAAAAAAUGCGGAAGAGGGGCAGGGCAAAGACAAGGAAAUGGCUUUAUUGAAAAGUGGAAGGUACAAGACUCAGGCCAACUUCCCCAUCCCUGGGGUGGUACCUCUCUCCCUCUCCCACACUCCCUUCCACUAGCCUGGCCCUUGUCUAGAGCACCCUGGGAAAGAAUCCUUCCCACUUAUGACAGGGGGUUGAGACAGGUGCUUGAGAAGGUGAGCCUGUCUUUAAAGUGCUCUGAUGUGCAGGCGGACGUCCAUACAAGAGUGAGGAAUGCUCGAUGCAGGGAGGACUGCAGACUGUUUCCUUUUCCCCCAACUGAGGGAGUUUUGAAGACCUGGAGCUGUUAUUUCUGGCUUGCAUUCCUUGACAUUCAUGCCACUCCCCUUUUCCCUCCUGGACCUGGGAGUUGAGACCUAGGUUUUCCUUGUUUUUUUCUGUGUUGGUUUGGACUUGAUGCUACAAGAGCUAGUGAGCCUUCAGAUCUGGUACUCCCAGCCCUCCCCAUCUUCCAAGCCCCUGUUGAUCAUGCCCCGUAGAUCCCUGCGGAGGGUUCCUUGCCGAAGUCUUUUCCAGUUGGUGCUGCUACGGGAGGUACUACGAGACACUGAGGGUGAAGGGAAGGACAAGUAGGGGCCUAGCGAGUGGCCCAUGUCCAAUUUUUCCCCGAGGUCUUUGUCCCAGUCCUCACAGCAGGCUAUGUCCUGGGGCUGAAAGGCCUGCGCGUAGUGCCGGAUUCGAUGCCGGUUGAGGUCCUGCCUGUCUUCCACUCUGCGGAGUAGAAGAAGACUUGAGAGAGAAGGAAUUGUGGAGCAGAGGCCUAGACCAAUGCUUGUGUUCUGUCAACUCCCAAUGCCAUCUUUAUAAGCUUUUCUCCUUCUAUGCAGCUGGGGUGGGCAUGGGGAAUACCAGGCUCAGGAAACAGCUCUGAGCACACUUUGAGGGGUCCAAGCUCCUAAAGGGGCACCUUCCUCAACAUCUGCAGCCCAGUCAAUGGACGGGGUCUAGGGAGAACAUAGACUUCCAUAGGAUCCCGGGGUUCAGGGAGUUGUCCAAGCAAAAGGUCACCAUGCCACGGUGGUCAUGCAAGGACUGCCCAGCCCAGUACCAUUGCUUACCGAAGGAACCAGCGGUCUCCUAGCCCAUAUUCGCGCCCACAGAUCCCAGAACGAGGCCACAGGCAGCGAGGCAACUUCCGCUCCAGCAUCACGGUGGUGGCUACCACCUGCAUGUGGGUACAGAAUGGGACAUUAGACAGGAGGAUGGGUGCAGACUGAGAAGAGGGUGGGGCAUCCCAGGCAGGUGGAGAGCAGCUUAGCAACAGCAAAGAAAUUCAGGAGCUUUUGGCUUCCUGACAGUGGAGAGCAGCACUGAUCUGGAACAGUAGGGUGAACAGAUUUAGACUUUCCAGGGGAGAGAGUCAAUGAGACUCCAGCCGCACAGUUCUCUGCCAGUGACAAGAUGAGGCAGGAUAGGCCUGGGGUUCAGGUGGGAUGCAGGAGACCCUCCCAGGAAGAGCAGGAGGCCUUGCUCCAAGGUGACAGGGGGAAAGCAGAGCAAAUAGGAAGAGACUUAAAAGAUCUCAGAAUAUUCUGACCCUACAUAAAAACCAUUUGUAAGUGUAAACCUCCUAUGUAGAAACCUAUUGCUAAUAUAAUUUCAUGAGGAAAAUAUUGCCCUGAAAAAAUUCCUUUGAUCCAGCUCAGGUUUUAUUCUGUUUUCUAUACAGCAUCAUUAAAUGCCUUUCAGUGUUUGGAAUUUCCAUUUUUCUUUUGCUGAAAUUACUUUUGUUGAGAUAAAUUUUUCCUAAGCAUAUCUUAAAAUAAGGCUUUGAUUCAUCUAAUUGUCUUUCAUGCCCAUCACGAUGAUCUGACUGAAGAUAGUUUCUGCUACUAUUGGAAGUUUUUAUGGCAUUAUUUUUAACACUUCCAAUUUUUAUGGGUCAAAUUUUGCAGACUGAAAUAUUACUAAGACAACUUCACAGCCUCCUUUGGAACAAAAUACACUGAUUCAGUUUCAGCCAA